AUGCAUUUAUCUUCACUACGUAGUAGUGAAGGAUAUUUGAAAUGGCUUAUACUUUUUAUAAUAUGUAUUGUUAUUAUUUGUCUACAACAAGGUAUCAUAGAAAGUAAACGACAUCAUCUUAAACAAAAUAGACGAUAUGGAGACAAGUGUAAAAUGAUAAAACAUAAAUGCAUGCCACCAAUAUACACAUAUGGUCCAUGUUACAAGGGUAUUAGUCAAAAGAAAGUCAUCAUUUUUCUGAAAAAUUCUGAUUGUGUUUGCGUACCAUUUGUUUAUAAGUUAAUGAAACAAUGUCCAUGUGGUUCACCUACUAAAAUAAUUUACACUUGUCCUAAUAAUAAAACAGUAAAAAGUUAUAUUUAUGAGAAACGAGUUAAUGGUAAAUGUGAAAAGUUUCCAUUAAAGAGAAAACAUACUAAAAAUUGUAUUAUACGUUAUGUAUGGAAAAUACCUAAAUCAAAAAUGAUUAGAAAGAAACGAUCCAUUCAAUUACGUACUUCAAGUGGUUCAAAAUGUGGUCUCAAUCAACAUUACGUACCAGAGCGUAAUCCAUGUCCAGAAACAUGUGAAGGGAAAUUUUUCGGAGUAGAAUCAAGAUGUAGCCAUCUCACCUCUGGUCCUGGGUGUGAAUGCCUUCCCGGUUUCAUGAGAGAUGGUAUGUUAUGUGUGCCUCCAAGUCAAUGUGGCUGUUUAGAAUCUGUGUGUAUUGACCGUGUAUCUACUGAAAAAUGUAAACUAUGGAGAGCCGAAGGUCGAUGUCAUAAAGACAAGGCUAUUAUGCAACGAUUUUGUAGGGCAACAUGUCAACGCUGUGAGCGACCAUGUGAAGAUCAAAUAGCGACGUCACAAUGUGAAUUAAUCAAGAGACGUGGUGAAUGUAGUUUAGAUUUCUACAAAUCAAUGUGUAUGCUAACUUGUUCACAACAAAAUUGCAGAUGCCCUAAAUGUCAUGUAGAAAGUGGAUCUUGUCACCCGAUUACCAAAAAUAUUGAAUUACGCCAUAUAUGUUAUCAGCUUCAAAGUAACGGUAGUUGUAAACCACUAGUCACAAGGAGAUAUCGACCUUGUGGAGACUGCCCCACAAGACUUUCAAGGAUUCCAGGAAAAUGCAACUAUUGCAAAGGAUUUCGUAAGGUAUAUUUGCGCACAUAUUUUCGAGAGGAGAUCGGUUUUAAAAGAUGUUUGAUGGUUGAACGUUCACAUGAAGAGAAAUGCUCGUGCGAUCGGAUAAAUUUAGCACUUAAAACAUGUCAAGCUAAUAAAAUUCCAGUAGUUAAGACCAUGGUUCGAGUACAAACAUCAUGUGAUAAAUGUAUCUACAAAAAAAUCAAUAUUCUUGGAAAACCUAUUGAAUGCAAAAAACCGUGGAUAGGACGUGGUCAGUGUAAACAAACAUAUCCAGGACAAAUUGGUCUUACUAGAAAAGUAAUUUAUGCCAAAGAGGUUGCUAAGAAUUGUAAAUGUCAGUUAGUUUCUCAUGAAGAGACAGAGAUAUGUGGUUGCCCUAAAACUAAACGUUCUAAUCCUUUCUGUAUGACCGAUCGAAAUCAAUUGGCCAUAAAAAUCACUUACUACAAACCAAAUAGAACUCAUUGCUUAGAAUUCUCAAAUAUUAGUUGGAUUCCCAAAUUUCCUUGCCCAUCAGCUGACCAAUCUUUAAUAACUAAAAAUCAGGGUCGAUUUCAUUGUAAUCCUGAGACAUGUGAACGUAUCUGGAUUGGUCGAACAUGGAUACGUGAACAUUGUAAAUGUAGACAAGUAGAUGUAAAUCAUCCAGCUGGGAAAUGCUGUUGUCCCAAAUCCGAGAGCAGUCAAUCUGACUGCCAAAAUGGGUUAUCUGAAAUAGUUAAUGUUACUUACAGUCUUGUAAAUGGUGAUUGUAAACGUCAUGUCUUACGAUCAGUAAAACGUUGUUCAUGUCCAAAUUCUAAGAAUUUUGUCAAAUGUGAUUCAGAAAAUGGUAUAAAGCUAUUUGGAGCUGUAAAGUAUAAAAUACAAAAGGAUGGAACAUGUCAAAAAGUAGAAUUAAUAGAAUCACAUAAAAUAAAUUGUAUGGACGAACAUAUCAGAAGAAUUUCCGAAUGUAAUGUUCAAAUUACCGAGGAUAAUCGUAUGUAUCGUCAGUUGUUAGUGGCACAGUCAAGUAUAAAAGAAUGUGCAUGUAUUACAUUUAAGCCUAAAGUUUACUUGGAAGCCUGUAAUUGUCCUGAAGCCCAAACUGAUGUUGUGAAACAGAUACAACAAUGUCCAUCUUGGUGUUUUAAUGCAACACCAGAGACUUGUGACCAAAGAUGUCAGAAUAUCUUUAUAUGGCAAAAGCUUGUUUACGAUUUUGAAAAUCGUGGACAUUGUAAAGUAGAAAUAUUGCAAAAGAUUAUCAAACCAUGUUGUUGUAAACAUUCAAAAGAAAUCCGACGAUUAUGUAGUGAAAAUGGCAAAACGUUGAUAACUGAAACCGAAGAAAGUAUUUUGAAAAAUGAAUUAUGUAUUAAGAAGGUUAAACGAAUUCAUCAACCUAUUCAGUGUAAAAUUGGACUAUUGAAACAAGCACUGAUAAAUUUACAAAAACAUGGUAAACGAUAUAUGCAGUCAGUAUAUGGAUAUCGAGAACAUUGUCAAUGUAAAAUACGUGUCGAAGAAAAGUUGUGUAAUCAAUCAUGUCCAGAACCGGUUUAUGAAGUGGAAUGUGAUUCAGCAUCACGUGAACUACUGCAUAAAAAAACAGAUUAUGUCAGCAUUGCUUGCAGUUGUCAAGAAAGAAUAUAUAAACGAAGAACAAAAGUUUUUUGCCCACAGUAUACCACUUUGGUUUCAUCACAUUGUUCACCAAUAACAAACAUGGAGACAAGCACCUAUAAAACUCAAUUUCAAGAAGGAUGUGAAUGUAAAGAGAGUAUUACAGUUAAGACAAGACGUUGUGCUUGUCCAAAGGAUCGUGUGAGUGAGAAAAAAUGUGAUAUAUCAAAUAACAAAUUAAUUUCUAUUCGAAUUCACUAUGAAUUAUUAGAUAAUGAUUGUUUACCUCAAAAAGAUAUUAUUGAAGAGCCAGUUAGUUGUGAUGAACAUAUGAAAAUGGAAAUAAGACGAAACAAUGGAAGGAAAAUUCGACAACUAAUUUGUCAUCGACCUACUGGACGUGCACAAAUUAUUACUCAUGUAUGGAUACCCAAAAAUUGUAAAUGCAAACGAGUGAAACAGGUUAUUCGGGAAGGAUUAUGUAAAUGCCCCAAAUCACAUACUUUAAUGCAUUGUGAUGAUAAACUAAAUGCAUGGGUUCGUAAAUUUAUCACUUAUAGAUUGGAUAAAGAGAACUUAUUAUGUCAAAGACAUGUAACUUAUAAAUCUGAAAUAACAUUUUGUCCACCGCCUAUUGCAAAAUGGAUGCCAUGUAAUAUGCAACAUGGUACUCGACAAUUAGUUCUAGAAUUUUACAAACGAAGUCACUGUCAUUGUAUAAAACAAAAACAGAUACUAGCUAAACCAUGUGGAUGUGCGUUAAAACCAUCAAAAAUAAAACAAAAAUGUGAUCCUAUUCAAGGAAUUUUACAAACGAUAGUACGUAAAUAUGAAUGGAAUGAUAAAUCAAAUGAUUGUGUUAAAGUGGAUCAAGUUAAAACGAAACCUGUUGUUUGUCGACCUCGAGUACGUAUUGUACGUGGAAAAUGUACAAAUGGAAAAUUAGUAGAAAGCUUCAUUGAAAAUAUUCCAGAUGCAAACAACUGUACAUGCAUUCAAAAGACAAGAACAUACAAUCGCGAUUGUCGUUGUCCAACAGAAUUUAUUCACAUUGGAAAUUGCAGUGAGAUUCAUCCUUAUUGGAAGGAACUAGUAUUAGAACGAAAAUGGGAUGAUCAUGAACAAAAGUGUGUCGUUGUAAAAACUAUGAAAAACAAACAUUUUUGUCAAUGUCCACAGAAAAAAGUAAAUACAGAAUGUAACAACGGUGUUGUGAUUCGAACAGAAGUUUCUUUUAAAUUGAAUAAACUGACAUCAGUAUGUCAGCAGUUUGUCAGACAAUUCCGAUACAAACCAGUGUGUAAAGAAACUGAUGGAUUAAGAAAAUCGAAACAAUAUCAAGCACUGUUUUACAGACAUCUUCAAACUAGAUGUGAUCGUUCCACAUGUACAAAAAGUUUAGAAACUUAUGCAAAUGAAUAUAAUCCAAAUACUUGUAAAUGUGGUUGGAAAUUGGUCAAUAAAAAAAGGUGUACAUGUUGUGGUUGUCCAAAACCACACUUAUCGUAUCUAUGUGAAAAUGAUAAUUUAUUAAUUGUCAGUAUCACAUAUUACACGACGAAACAACAUCGAUGUGGUCAUGAAUGUAUGAGACGUGUACGAACGGUUAAACAUCAUAUAACCUGUGAGGAUUACUCUUCUCCACCACAAGCAUAUUGGAGUAAAUGUGAUAAUAGAACUUGUCAACAAUCUUUUAUCGCUUCAGUAUACGAAGUUAAAAAUUGUCGAUGUUUAUUAACUCCAAAAGUCAUAGAUAAACGUCCAUGCUGCUGUUUAAAGGAAGAGGAAAAACAAACAUUCUGUAGAAAUGGACAAUUAGAGAUCUAUACACAUAAAAUGAUUUUGGAAAACGUGAAGUGUGUAAAAUCUACCAAGAAACAAAUAAUCCCGAUUACUUGCUCAAAGGCAGUUAAAAUCAAAUACGGUGAAUGUAGACCACAAACAUGUCGACGACCUCUAUUUUUAAUCAAAUCAGUGGUUGAUCCGCAUAAUUGCAAAUGUAAAAAACAGCAAAUUAUAAAAGAAGAACGUGAAUGUUGUUGUCUUGGUGAAUCACAAGAGAAAAAAGAAUUUUGUGUUGGAAACUGUAAAAUAGUUGUGAAUAAAGUGUCUAAAUUUGAUAAAGUUAAUGAACGUUGUGUUAAAGAGAAUUUUAUUCGUCGUAAAUGUCCCAAAUGUCCAAAACGCCAUAUACUUGAAGGUACUUGUGAUGCUACCGGUACAUGUCUCAAAACAAAUCGUCAUAUCAGUUAUAAUAUCAAAAAUUGUCAAUGUCGACCUGUAGAGCAAAUUCGUCAUGAACGCUGUUGUUGUCCAGCAUCAAAAAAAUUAGGCAGCAGAUGUGUUGAAGAUAAAGGAGUCAUUGAAAAUAAAAAUAUUUACUAUCAAUUAGAAAAUGGUCAAUGUAUAAAACGUGAAACUAUUGAAGAGAAACAAAUUAUAUGCCCUAAAACAAUUCAAUUAAAUCAAUCCGAAGAAAAUCAAUAUUGUGAUCCUAAUUCAUGUCAACAAAUCGUAACAACUUAUCAAUGGAAUAGAAUAGGAUGUAAAUGUAUUCAACAAAUAAUCACUAUUCCAAAGGUAUGCUGUUGUACAAACCGUAUACCUAGAAUAAAAAAAAUUUGUUCACCAGAUGGAAGUUAUAAAUCAAUUGCACAACUGUGGAAAUUACAUAAUGGACAAUGUGUCAAGACAAAUGUCGUUAAGAAUCUAUCACCGCCUGUAUGUAAACCACAAGAUGUAACACCUAUAGGUCCGUGUGAUAAAACAACUGGGAAACAACCAAUUUUAAUUACACGAUCCAUAAUUGAAGAAUGUGAAUGCAAAGUGGUGUACAGAGAGAAACGUGAUCGAAUAUGUGCCUGUCAAUCUCCAACGGUCCAUGUAAAGCCAUGUGAUCCAAAUACUUGUCUUCAACAAAUCACUGUAACAAAAUGGGCAAUUGAAGAGAAAGAUAAAAAAUGUCAUCGGUUACAUCCUGAUAUUAGAAUGCGUCCAUGUUGUUGUCGACGUGAAGUUAAUAAAGAUAAUUUAUUUAAAAAAUGUAUUCCUACUAAUGGACAAACAGAAAUUACAAAUCGUACAUAUUAUUUUAAUCCACAUAAAGAAUUAUGUGAAUUUAAAGAUGUAAAGACACUUAUUAAUCUUGUUUGCCCAACUGAAAUAAAUGUUGUUAAAGGUAGUUGUAAUUUAGUCACAGGAAUUGCUUUGGAUAGUAUAACAUCAUGGAAAACAUUAACAUCACAAUGCAAAUGUGUUAAAAGAACAAAUUACCGAAAACGAUUAUGCUCUUGUAAACAUUUGGACAGAAAAAUGAAGAAUCCUGUCUGCUCUAAGCAAACUAAUAUGUUAUUACAAAAGAAGAUAGUUCAUGAACUUCAAAAUGAAAUAUGUCAACCUAAAGUAAUUUGGAUGAAGAAAGUUGUGGUUUGUCCAAGUAAAAAAAAUGUCGAUGUAAAAUGUGAUCCUGCCACAUGUAAUAAAUUAACUACCAUAAGUUGGUUUAAUAAAAUUGGAUGUAAAUGUGAGAAACAACAAAAAUAUAUUCAAGGAAAAUGUUGUUGUCCCAAACCUGUUGAAUAUCGUGAAUGCCGACGUAAAGGAAGUUUGUUAAUUACUAAAAAAAUAACAUAUCAAUUGGAUGAAUAUAAAGGAAAAUGUGUCCGUCAAAUAGAUCAGUUACACAAGAAUGUCGUAUGUGGUGUCCAUGGUCCACGUUUUAUUAAACGUGUAUGUGAUAAACAAACCUGUUAUCUUGCUACAAUUUUGUUGAAAACCGUCCUUCAAAACUGUCAAUGUCAUAGAAUGAUGAAAAAAAUUAUUCAUCGAAAUAUACGAUGUUGUUGUCCAAAUCCAAGAUUCCAAGAAAAAUGUCAUCAAAAUUAUGGUAUUCUAUCACGAAUUAUGUAUCGUUAUGAGUUAUUCAAAAAACAAUGUAUCACUAGAAAAUUUGUUGAUGAGAACAAAGUUGUAUGCCCUGAAGAAAAAAUUAACCGAGGUCAGUGUGAUGUGAAUACAAAAAUAAGACCGGUUCAAAGACGUUUCUAUAAUUUAAUUGGUUGUAAAUGUCAAUUGAAAAUUGAAUCUACAAUGGAACCAUGUACAUGUCCAUUACCAGUAUUACAUAAGGAGAAUUGUACUGCAGGAAAGCUUUCCCGUAAAGUAUGGCGUAUUAUUUACAUUCUUAGAAGGAAUGAUGAAUCUGGAAAAGUGGCAUGUGAACAAGAAAAAGAAUAUUUAUAUGAAGAACCUUGUCACUGCCGAAAACCUAAACUUACAAAAAAAUGUCAAAACGGAAAUAAAAUUCUCAUGAAACAUGUAGAAUAUCUUGUCGAAAGAAACGAUAAACGAUUCUGUUCUGUACGUCACUACAUAAAGAGGAUUCCAGUUAAUUGUCGAGUAAAUGCUGUACGAAUGAAAGAGGAGCCUUGCCAAAAUAGUUUGAAACGUACUACUUUCAUGCAUGAGAUUCUGGAUAAGCAAACGUGUGAAUGCCGACGUCAAGUGAAAGUUGAAUUUGAGAAAUGUGAUUGUGACAAAGAUAAUCGCAUCAAUGAAUUUUGUCAAAAUGGUGUUCGAGUUGUGAAUAAAGAAAUUAACGUCUUCAGUCAAUCACAAGGACGUUGCGUGAAAUCGAUUGUACGUAGCGUACGUCCUGUAGUAUGUUCAAUCAAGCAUCAAGUUAUUAAAUCCAGUGGAUGUGUUAUUGAACGUUCAGAUGGAAUUUAUUACUCUGAAGAAAUACGUUGGGAACAAGCAGUUAAUUGUAAAUGUGUUAUUAAACGUCGUCAGAUAUUACGUUUAUGUGCAUGUCCCAAACCAACAAUUAAAAAACAGUGUUUAGAUACAGUAAAUUUAGCAACUUAUAAAAAUACAUUCAUAAAUAUUGGAGGUCAAUGUAUACCGGAUCAACAAGUUAUCACUACUGAAACACGUUGUCAAGAAAAAGCACAAAUAAUUGAUCGAUCAACAUGUGAAAAACAACCGUUAAAUAAAUUUGAUUUAAGUAGACCUCCUUGUUUAGAAACAUUGAAAAUAAGCGUACCAACCAUAGUGAAUUGUCAGUGUCAGUUAAAAAUCAUACAAAUUCAACGUCGAUGUUGUACAAGUCAGCCAAAAGUGAAACAGAUAUGUGAUGCAGUUAAAGGUCGAUGGAUGAAAGCAGUUGAAAAUUAUGUACUCGCUUCUGGAUCGAUAUUAUUUAAAAGAGAUGAUUUGAUUAUUUAUGAUCAAAUUCAAAAGGUGACUAGUGAACAACAAGAUCAAACUGUUGUUUGUCCACAAUCUGUAAGUUAUGAAAACUGUGACAGAAAAACCGGUUUAUUCACCAGAGUCAAAACGUACUAUAAACGGAUUGGAUGUAAAUGCAAACCAAUAAAAGAAAUUAUAAGAGGAAAAUGUGGUUGUCCACCAAGAAGACAAUGGAUUUCACAAUGUAAGGAGAAUUUCCGUAUUCGUCGAAUAAUUUCAUUUACAUUAAUAAAUGGAACAUGUGUACGACAACAACAGUUUGGUAGACAACGUUGUGGUUGCCCUAACCCCAUGAACCGUGUAUAUUGUGAUGGUGAUGGACGUUGGGUAAAAUGUAAUACACAAUAUGUAUAUAAUCCUAAAACACAUGCAUGUCGAUUAUUAAAACAUUGUGUACGUUGGUAUGAUGAAUGUCCUCGACCGAGAAAUCGUAUUGCUUCUCAAUGUAAUUCACAGACACAAUUUAAACAAUUAAUCCAAUAUGUACAUUUUGUAAAGAAUAGAUCUAGUUGUAAAUGUAAUGCAAUAGUUAAAAAUGAAUGGACAGAAUAUUGCGGAUGUGAUCAUUUAAACCAAAAGGUUCACCGAUGUCUCAAUCACAAUACUCCAAUAGUUGAUUAUAUGAAGUAUACAAUGAUAAAAGGAGAUUGUGUGCCGAAACGUAUGAAGUAUUCUACUCAACUCAAUUGUCCUAAACCAAUUGCACAACACUACCCAUGUAAUCAUGAUCGGAAUUCAUCUGAUCGAGGUUACAGUAUUAGCAAAAUCAGAUAUUUUAUCGCAGAACAUUGUAAAUGUAUUCCAAAGAAGAAACUCGUACGUAAACCAUGCAACUGUACAUUAAUAUAUCCACAAAUAGUUUCUAAACGAUGUUAUAAUAAUAAACGUUUAUUAAUAAGGAAAACGUUUUCAACCUUAGUGAAAGGUAAAUGUUUACCGAGUGAAGCUGUAUAUAAAAAGCCAAUAAAUUGUCGACCACUGAAACGAAUCAAUGUUGGACGGUGUCAGAUUGGUCCGGAUAAUGUUGGAACUCAACGAAUUGAUGAAUUACAUCUCACAUCUAUUAAAUGUCAGUGUAAAUGGCGAAUAAAGCAUUCAGAAAGAAAAAUCUGUAAGUGCCCGGAUCCGAUACAAAAGACCCAAUGUUACAACAAUGGACGUCAGCUGAUGUAUAUUACUACUAUAUACAGUUUGGAUGGCGAUAAGUGUAGAGCAUCUGAACAAUUGUUGGAUAUCGAUCCAUGUGCACAUGUGAAAAAAGCCUUCAACCACAGACCACUAUUCCAGAUUGGGCGAUGUAAUCCAGUAACAUGUAAAGCUCAACGUGUAGAUUAUCGAUUUUCCUCUAAGAAUUGUCAAUGUGAAAUUCAAAAAAAAGUUUCAAAUGAAAUUUGUUGUUGUCCUAAAUCAAUAAUAAAUCAAUCUAUUUGUGAUCCGAAUACAAAUGCAAUUAUACAUAAACAAAUUCAUUAUUCACUUAUUAUACCAACCUAUAAUACAAAAGCAUUUAAAUCAUAUUGUCAAUCAAAAUUAUCACAAAUUUCUGUACAAGUAAAAUGUGGUCAAAAAUUACAAAGAAUUCGUAUUAAACCAUGUGAUGGUGAAUUUCAUAUUGUUAAUAUAUUAAAACCAAUUGUUGAAAAUUGUAUUUGUAAACAAAAAUUAAUACAUAAACAAAAAAUAAGAUGUGGUUGUCCAACUGCUGUGCGUCAUAUUCCUGGAAAAUGUAUAAAUCAAUGGGCUAUACAUAAAUGGAUAGGAUUAAACGCUGUACCAACUGGUGUUAAUAAUUCUUUUCAUAUUACAGAGAAAUCAUGUAAACCGGUAGUAAUAGAAGAAAGACGUAUUCGUUGUGCAUGUCCACCUAUGCAAGUGUUCAAAAAAUGUUUGAACCACAGUUUACUGGUUAUUCAUCGUAUAAACUAUAAAAUGAAUAAGGAACUAAAUAAUUGUGAAAGGUAUAAUACAAAGGAAUUUAAAAAAUUGGUUUGUCCUAAUACACAAGUAACACAAACUUCAUGUAACAAAUUUGAAAAUUAUGAACAAGUUGAAAUAAUAAAGCACUGGCAAACAAAUCAAUGUAAUUGUUUAAUGAAAGUAAUUAAAAAUAAAUGGAUUUGUAAUUGUCAUGCACGUUAUCCAAAUCAAGUAAUAACAAAAUGUUUAUCAAAUGGAUAUCAACGUCUUACAAUAACAAAAAUAUGGUUUAAUCAUGGUAGACAAUGUUUCAAUAGAACAGAAAAACAAAUAGAAAGCAUAGCUUGUCCGAAGAAUUUAAGGAUUAUCAAGGGGCAGUGUAGUAGUACUGGGCACUUACAAUUGAUUUACCUUCUACAACGACCUCAACAUUGUCAAUGUGUUUGGCAGAAACUUACUGACUUGGAACAACAAGCAUUAGGACUCAGACCAACUGAGGCAUGUAAAUGCCGUCCUGGCUUUGUAGUUAAACAAUGUCAUGAAGCUAACAAUAACCAAACGGCUUAUUUAGUUAAAAUAUAUACUAAUUAUAUUCUACAACAAGGUGAAUGUCAUAUUGAUCGUAAAUUUGAGAAGAAUCCUGUUGUUUGUCAAGUAGGAAGUCAAUUACACAGGUCCCAGUGUAAUCCUGUCAAUAAUGAGCUGAUUGAGACCAAGAUUACAACACAUUUACGUGGUUGUGAAUGUCAACAGAAAAUAUCUAAACGUCGUUGUCAGUGUAGUUGUCCAAAACCAAAGACUAACGCAGUCUGUCAAAGUCGUGAUGGUCUAUUACGCAAGAUAAAGGCAAUAUAUUCAUACAAAGAUGAUCAGUGCACUUGUGAAGCAAAGUAUUAUGUUCAGUCUUCCCGUAUCCGUUGUUAUGAACCUCCAAAAUUAAUAAAAAUCGGUAAAUGUCAUAAAUUGCCUCAAAAUGAAUCUAUUUAUAUACACAAGAAUGAUCUAUAUAGAAAUCUAGUUUGGAAUAAAUUACAUCGCGUGGGAUGUCAAUGCAAACAUCAACGAUUUAUGGAACAAUUUCCAUGUUCCAAACUACUUUCAAUUUUGCUUACAUGUACACCUCAUUACAUAGACUGUUCGCCUGAUAUAAAAUAUGAAACACAAUGUAUCAUGGACAGAAUAUUGGAAAUUCGAAAAACUGAACGAAAAAUAAGCGAAGAUAAAAGGCAAUGUAUACGAAUUGUCAUAUCUAAAGUUCGUAAUCCUAUACAUCUUGGAAAACCUGAAUAUAACAAAAAGUGUAAUCCUAAAACUGGUAUGGAAACAGUAGUGCAAAAACUACCAUAUGUUGAAAAUUGUAGACGACAGUAUCGUGUUAAUGUAAUUCAUCGUAAAUGCAAAUGUAAUACUAAACCUCGUUUAAUUCGACAAUCUCAGUGUUCACCAGAAUGUAAGGUACGAUAUACAUGGCUAAUGGAGAAGAUAACACCAGAAGGUCAAUGUAAAUUUUAUUACCGCGUUCAAGAUAAAUCAUGUUGCUGCCCAACUGAAGUUAAUUUAGGUACAUUUUGUAAUCGUUCUAUUGGAUUAUUGGAAACUGGUUAUCGCAACUUUAAAUUAAUCAAUGGAAAAUGCUUAUCCAAAGACAGAUUUAUUGGAGAAAGAGUUGUUUGUAAAAAGAACGAAAAAAUAGUGAAGUAUCAACAGCCAAACGGUUGGAUACGAAUUGAGAAACAAUUUAAUAUACGUGAUGGAUGUAAUUGUGUUCGGAAGCUCAUUGUUGAUUAUGAUAAAUGGAAUUGUCCUCCGCCAGUUACCCAGCGUCGGUGUGUACAAGCCAAUAGUGAACAAUUCGUUCUUGAGACUAUUUCAACUAAAUGGAAAUUAUCGGAAAGUAAACCAACAUGUUCGCGUUUAGACACAAUUAUUGAUCGAGUUCCGAUUGACUGUUCUGAAGAAUAUGUGAAUAAGUCAAAUAAAUGCGUGAUGAGUGUUGGUCGACAUGCUUCAGUUCGUAUUGAUCAAGUGACUACAUUUCAUGCUGAUGGUUGCCGAUGUAUUGAGAAUAGUGUACGUCAGGUGUUUACAGUUUGUAAAUGUACACGCCCACAUAGAGAAAAGUCCUGUCUUUAUUCAGAAGGUGUUUUAAUUUAUCAAAAUGUUCAUUAUGAAGUUUCUGGAGAUAAAUCACGUUGUUUACCACGUAGAUCACGUCGUGUAAUUAAAAUUACUUGUUCACCAGUUGGCCCACAAUAUAAAGGCAGAACUCAAUGUGAUACUGAAACUGGGAACUUUUUCCAUAUAUAUGAAGAAUUCAAACGUGUUGGUUGUCAAUGCUUGAAGAAAGAACUACGUAUUCCUGGCAGAUGUAGAUGUCCAGAACAACGAUCAGAAAUGAGAUGUUCAAUGCAAAAUGUUCAACAACUCAACACAACAACGUAUGAAUUAAGUCCGAAAGGAACAUGCACAAAGUCGGAUAAACUUCAAUACAAGUAUAUUAAAUGUCCAUUAGCUGAUGACCUUCUUCAAGAGUCAACCGACUACAAGGUUCAACAAAGCCAAUCACUAAUAAAACAUAUAUACAAGUGUGGUUCGGCUGGGAAAUGUAUGCGUAUUAUACAAGAAUACAAAACCUACACAAAUUACAAAUGUAAAUGUAUCACUGAAAAAAAACAAUACAGAGAAGCAUGUUGUUGUCCAACGGAACCAGAUAUGACUCAAUUUAAUUUGCCCAACAAUUCUCAGUCUGUAUCAGUCAAUACAUUAUGUGAUCCGGAUAAAGGGGUAAUAUUGAACAAUACAAUUAGAUGGAAUCUUGAACAUGGUAAAUGUUGGCCAGUUAUACACAGAACAGUUCUUCCAGUCGUUUGUGAUAAGAAAGAAUUUUUCAAACCUAUCACAGUUUGUCGUCAAGGUCAACAGAAAAACUUGCAUCAACGCGAAAUACGAGAAGGAUGCAAAUGUAAAUUAAACAAGCGUAUUGUUACAAAACCAUGUGCUUGUGAUCCACUUGGUAUUGCAGAUGUCAUCUUUAUUGUAGAUGAAACAGUAAAGAGUAGACAGAUGAAUUAUUCAUAUUAUGUUAAUAAAAUACUAAAAUAUACUGUGAAUGUAUUUUACGAAUCAUCUCAGUCAUCAAAUAUAGAUGAACAAUUUCGUUUUGGUGUAAUUAAAUAUUCAUUAAAAGCAGAUAUUGUUUCUAACUUAAAAAGUUAUCCAGGGUUAUAUGAACUAUAUGCUGAAAUAAAGAAACUGACAUUUAAUGGACGUCAAUCAGAUCUGAGAGUUGCAUUAAAUAUUGUUAAAAAUCAGAUCUUAUCUCAAAUACGACCUGGAGCAUCAUUAAUCGUAUAUCUAAUCACUGAUGCCGUAGUGACUCAACCUACAGGUGUUAAACAGUUAUCUGAUUAUUUAAAAUCACAUAAUGUUCAAAUAAAUGCAAUAUUAUUAACGUCAGGGCAUAUUAAUCAUGAAAUAUUGUUUAAACAACUAGUAUCUCCACCGACUGCACUCCAUUUAGUAAAAUUGAAAGCAACGAAUGGUCAAUUUGAAAGUCAUUUAAGUCGAAUAGCCGAUACAAAUUGCAAGAAAGUAUGUCCAGUAAACCAUAAAAAGGAAAGUCAAUGUUCACGUCAAACAAAUUGCAUUGGACGCAUUUACAAUUAUAUGUAUCGCUACAAUCCAGUUAAAGGUUUGUGUAUUGGAAAGACAAUAGUCGAACGCAAACAAUGCUGUUGUAUGCAAGAAGUUCGACGUAAGACUACAUGUGAAAAUAACCAUUUGAUUCAGUAUACAGAAAAUUGGCAGUUAAGUACAAAUGGCUUUUGUGAACAAUAUGUAACUAGGAGAGAUGUCACUGGAUUAGCGAUUAGUCAAUGUACGCCAGCAAACCAAACUUUCAUCAAAACGUGUAACAUAAGAGGUGAAGCAGUUCAAGUUACAAUUUAUCGCUAUAUGGAAAAUUGUAAAUGCAAGACUAAGCAAACCGAUAAAAUUGUUCGUUGUCGAUGUACUAAAAAGCAUAACACUAAAACUUGUUUCGGUGAUGAUCUCAUAGUUUAUCAUUAUCAUUUUGAACGACUUCUUGAAGGUGAAUGUUUACCACAACGAAGAGAUGUACACAAAAAGUUGGCUUGCAAACGUCCAAAAAUAUUCAAAUCACCUUGUGAUUCUUUAACAUGUCAGGAGCGUAUAACAAUAGUUAGUUAUGUUGCUCAAAGAUGUAUAUGUAAACGUUUUGUAACGGUCAAACAUCAAACAUGUUGCUGUAAGGGAAAUCGUACAUCAAAUUAUGUUGGUUGUAAACAUAACGAUGUAAAAGUCUUCGAAGAGAAAGUAUUUGAUCCUAAAGUUCAUGAUGGUUCUUGUGUUCAACGAGUUUCUUAUUAUUUUCAACCAAUAACUUGUCCAAAUAAACCAUCAAUAACUUAUCAUAGUUGUCGACGUUUUAAUGUUGAAGAUUCUGUAAAACAAGGAAAUUAUGAAAAUGAUCAAGUUGAUCCUGGUUUAAUCUACAGACUAGUUGAAAAAGUUACAUGGAAAAUCCAAGAUUGUGAUUGUCGUCGGUAUUAUGAAUCAUAUUUUGAAGCAUGUGGUUGUGAUGAAUCUGUUAUCAUUAAUAAUUUUGUAACAACCAAGAAUAAAUGUGAUCAACAAACUGGAGUAAUAAUGAAGUACAAACAAAAAGUGAGAUUAGAAAUUGUUGGAAUUCCAUAUGAAUAUACCAAAUUAAAUCGACUGAAUAGAUUAUCUGAUGCCAAAUGUCGUCCAUAUUAUAUUAUAGAAUCUGUAAGGAAAAUAAUCUGUCCUGAAACGAAAACUUCUAUUGGUCCAUGUGAACCUGCUGAAAAUGGUCGAUCAUACAAAGCCAUCAAAGUGCAUAGAUGGAAACAAUCCAACUGUGUCUGUCAAAAUUUACCACCAAUGUUAAUAGAAAAACAAAUAUGCAGCUGUCUUCCUGUUCGAUUACAAAAGAAAUGUGUUGGUUAUAGAAAUAAACUACAAAUUUAUGUUAUUAAAGAAAAACUUAUCAAAACUAAAUUACCGUCCGGUAAAUAUAAAUAUGAAUGUAAAAUAGAACAAACAAUGAAAGAAAAUAUUAUCCAAUGUCCAAAAAAUAUUCUUCACUAUUCCGAAUGCAGAAAUGGUCAAAUGAAAGUGAUUGUUAAAGUUUACAGAGUUCAUAAUUGUAAAUGUGAAGAGUCUAUACGACGUUUACAAGUACAAUGUCAUCAACCAGAAAAAUCGAAAAAUAUCAAACAAGUUGAACCUAAAUCAUCAAAACGUAUGUUAACUACAGUAGAACAAAUUACAGACUGUAUUGAUUUACUUCCUUCUGAAAACUGUCAACAAAUUAGUGGAUCAUCACAACGUAUCUGUGAGAAAUCUAGUCGAUUAUCUGAUUUACUAUGUCGUCGAACAUGUCGUCGUUGUUUAGGUUGCAAACUGAACAAUAUCAGAUAUCAAAUGAUCACUGCAAAUUACCCGUGUCCUGAAAAUAAUCAACAUAUUUUGAACAAUUUUCUGAUUAAAACUAUAUCAACAACACUUACAUUAGCUUCAUGUAAAUUAGCUUGCGCUAAUAAAACUAACUGCCUAAGUUUCAUUUAUUCUAUGUCACAUGAAUUUGAUUCAAAUAUAAUUGAUAAAACUACCAAAUGUAUGUUGUACAGAGUAGAUCUUUUAGCUAUCAAGCAACACCAUCAUGAACAAAAACAUCAACAACAUUCGAUUGGUUUUAUUCCACAACAAACUAGUCAGCGAUUCGAUUCAGUUUUUUCGCCUACGUAUACUAAAAAAUGUUUUGCAUUCCGUAAAAUUUGCAAACACACUUGUUCAAGCCCAAAAUUGACAGAAAUUUCUAAAUGUGAAUGUAAAGUCUACAAAAACCAUUAUGACUAUCCUUCAGAAUCACCGAAGUUUAAAACUUCUCUACACUGCUCUAAACUUAUCAAUGUUCAAUAUUUCAUUCAAUCAAAAUCGGGUAUUUGUCAAAAACAAAAUUGGCAAGGCUAUACUCCCUGUAGUAAUCCAAGGUAUCGUGAUUUAUCAUUAAGGAAUUUAAAUAACUGUAAUAAUCUAAAAUCAUCUUUAUGGUGUGAAGCGGAGCUAGCAGAUGAUCAAAGGAGGUGUAAAGAUGUAGUUUUCAGCAGGUUAUGUUCUAAAACAUGUGGCCUAUGUACCUGUUAUGGUAUAAAUAUAUUCAACGGCAAAUGUAAUUCAAAUGGAUAUAAAUUAGAUAUUCAUAUAAUUUAUAAGCCUCAUCCAAUUAAUCGUAUAUGUAUUAUUGAAGUGAAAAAGCGUUUGUCAAUUUGUGAAUACUGUCCUGUUGGAACAUUUGAGCAUGUACGUGAAUGUGAUAAACUAACUAGAUCACGCACAGUUAACAAAAUUACCGCUCAGUUAAUUAAACUCUCACCAAAUAUUGACGGAAAACCACGAUUUGAAUGUUCAAUUCAAACAAAAAAUUAUAAAUUUGAAUGUGGCAAAUGCUUAGCUGCUUACAGAAACAAAUAUUCAAUAACUUCUUGUAAACAAUACCCAAUGAAAUCAGCACAAAGGAAAUCGGUUUAUCAACUAAACUUGAUUACAGAAUAUGUGAUCAGUGAGAAUGGUUGUUGCAGGACAAAACGAACUGAAAGAAGAUUUAAUUGUAAAAAUUGUCCAUUACCUCGAAUUAAACAUAGUCCAUGUUACAACAAACAAAGAUUAAAACAUAUUAUAUUCUAUACUCGACCAUGGGUUACUUCAUCUUUAAAACCAAGUGAAUGUAUUCAACGAACAAUAACUAAACGAGAGAAAUGUUCGAUAGACAAUCGAUUACCUAGAGAUGAAUGCCGUGAUUCAUUAACACGAAUGGAUUGUAGUGUAUUAAAGCAAAGUAGAAAAUGCCACUUGAAUUCAGAAGAAGCUCGUAGUCUGUGUGCCAAAACAUGUGGUUUCUGCAAUUGA